CGUCUUCCUUUUAUUCGAGGUGGAGAACUCAAGUUAUCAUAUAGUUUUCCUGCUCCGAAGAGAGAGGGAGAGUCUAUGCUUGAACUAAUGCGACAUUUUUUUUUAUACGCUUUAAUUAACUGAAUAACUGUAAUGUCCUGCUCCGAACUCUUUGUUUCCGCGAGCCAAUGUUUUUUUCUCCACUUUGCUCAUGGCAGUAAACCGUUGCUAAAGGAACGCACAAACAAACGCACGCGCAUACACGCACUGGGGGGCGCCGCGAGGGUCUAAGGGCCCAUCAAAACGAUAUGACAUUGAGUCCCAUUUUAACAGCUCGAAUACACCCUGCAUAACCACGCAAUACAGAGCACAAGAUGCCUGAAAGUUAUUUCUUUUUUGCAAGACAAACAAGAAUAUACCUUUAAAAAAAUCUGUGUUAGUAGCAUUUGCUUUUAAGGCCUCUGUCAGUCAUGGGCCCUUAGAAUCACCCCUUCCUCAUCAUAUGUCGCCUACACACAAAAACACACCCCAAAACUUGCUUUUGCAGUCACAUUUUCUGUUUCAUUCAGGCCUUACUGGGUACAUGUUGUUGAGAAGUCCGUGGAAUCAGAUUUCAGCAGUGUUUUUUUCUUGUGAACACCCCUCUAGUACUUAUUUUCAGUCAGGGUACUUGUUUUCCCCACUUCACUUCAUUUUGAGUUCUGCGCACUGCAGUCAACAUGAGGGAAAACAUUUUCCUACUACCCUGCAUUCUUUUCCUUUGUGUAAGAUUGUCCACCGGUGAUGAGGAUAUAUUGAUCAGGCUGAUGAAUGGUAAAGAUUUCUCAGAGGGUCGUGUAGAGAUCUUUUUCAAUGGCGCCUGGGGAACUGUGUGUGAUGACGACUGGGACAUCAAUGAUGCUCAUGUCAUAUGUCGCCAGCUCCACUUUCCGGGUGCUAUCAAAGCUGUAGGAAAUGAAUUUGGAGAGGGGGAAGGUAUCAUCUGGAUGGAUGAUGUAGCCUGUACUGGGACAGAGAUGAGCCUGCAAGAAUGUAAGUUUCCUGGCUGGGGGGAAAAUAACUGUGGUCACAGUGAGGAUGCUGGUGUAAGAUGCCAGAAAGAACCUUACAGCAGUCUCACAGAUGAAUACAAUUUGGACCUGAAUGUGAGCCUCUCAGAUCAGCUGGAGCACCUGUUUGACAGUGGAUAUGACUGUGAUGUGAACAUUACAGUUAUCGUGGACAAAAAGGCCACUGAGUCAAUCUGUGCUCACAGAUUCAUCCUUUACCUUUAUCCAAGUCUCAGAAAUCUUCAGCCAGACUUCAGAAACCUCAGCGUCGAUGUCACCUCUGACUGCAGUCAGUACGCCCACAACUUUGUCAGAUACUUCUACACCAAAAAGUUUCAAGUUACACUUUCCUCUGCCCGUUGCAUUUUCAAGCUGGCCUCCAGCUGGGGUCUGACAGAACUUCUGAACGAGGCCCUGAAUAUUUAUAGAGCCCUUCUACCACUCGAUCACACUUUUAAACAUCAUGACUUUUUCUAUGAGCAUGCUGUUUCAACCGGUGAUGAUGCACUACUGGAGGUUUAUCUGCAAUACUUGGCGUGGAACUGUGAAGCACUGAUGCUCUCCCCGGUUUGGACAGAUCUUCCAUUUGGUCCGGUCAAAGCUCUUUUGUCUCGCCCAGAUCUGGUGAUACCAAAUGAAGCUGUUGUUCUAAAAAGACUGCAUGUCUGGGCAAAUGCUCAAGGGAACGCCACUGUCACCGAGAUCCUUCUCAAGCUCAUACGGUUCCCGAUGAUACCAGUUGAGGAGCUAAACACACUUGAUGACCCACUGUACCAUGCCAACAAAUUACAAGGGUUUCAGUUCAACGUUUUGCCAGUCACAUCAUUGUUCGAUGUCCUCAAAGCAUCAAAAGAUAUCUACACACCAAGGAUUUACACUGAAGAACCAUGGAGCUUCACUUUCAGCUACCCCAUAUUCAAACCUUAUCAAGAUACAAGGUUCUGCACUCCCCUCAGCAUCAACAAUCUGACAUCUGAUUUCCAAACCCCUAUACAUAACAGUGUCUAUCUUACCUUUCACACCAUGCGUUGGCAAACACAAGAAUUGGCAAGUAAUGAAGAUUGCAAAAGUGAAAAUAUCACUUGCUCCUCUUUGCCAGCUGUUAUGUUGAAGAUGGAGGAAAGGAACAGCAAUAUGUCCAGUAUAGAGAAGCAUAUUCUUUACAGCAAUAAGCUAAUUGUAAAGUGUAAAGACAGAUAUGUGUCCCAUAUUUAUGAUUUUAAAGCUGUUAAGGGUAAAGAUUUUGUAUACACCACAAAAAAUGAGCCACACGUCUAUCCAUGCCCUACAAACAUGUUCACCUACCAAGUAGUGAUCCGAUCUCAGUACUCAACAGACUAGUUUGUUUACUUUUGAGGAGAGAUUUCAAACCAUAUAUGACCUGACACAUGAUUAAUGAGUAACUUCUACAAUUACAUAUUUUAUAUGUAUGAUCAUGUUCAGGCUUCCCUAUACGUGAGCCUGAGAAAGUUGCCAGAAUGGCUCCACCCUCUGACAUAUGACAUAAACGUUUAUAUAAUUCAUUAGUAUUCAGGAUUGGUGGUACUAUUCAGCAGUUAAGGGCUUUAAUUGUAUUUGACAUGACUGCCUUGGUUUCAUGUACUUUUCUAUGCAGAGGAAAGAAUGUUUCCUGUGUUUGAAAGGACAGCUUUUAUUUUCUGAAAGUACAUUUGAUUAUAUUAGAUGUCUAUCUGACAUUACUGUUAUUCUUUACACUAUACAUUUAUACUUUAUCUGAUAUGUUGAACAAUUUCAUGAUUCUGAUUGCCUAUAAUGCAAAAGUAUUAAGAUGAAAAAAGUCAACAAUAGGCAGAAACACUGGACAAGUCUGUCCAUGUUUAAAAAUCCUGCUCUACCUGAUGGGACUUAGAAAGUACAACUUACCUCUAAUAACUUCCAUGGAGGUGGAGCAAGGGAUUUGGUUUAUGAUGAUGACAAGCUAUAUAAACUCUA